AAAAUAUUGCCAGAAAAGCUAUUUCAAUAGCAGCAUCGAAAAUGCCGAUACGAACUCAAUUCAUUAUUUCGGAGAUAGAAUAGAAAAUAUCACUCUAAAACUACCCCAAAGAAUCUUAAGAAUGAAACAAAAACAAAAAAAUAAGUUUCGUUUUAUGUUUGUGGACAAAAAAUAUUUCUUUUUUUCUUCGCCCUUUGCAUUGUGAAAGAAAAGAAUAAAAAAAAAUGCUAUGAUUCAAUCCCAAACCCUUUUAAAUGUAGCAGAUAACAGCGGGGCUCGAAAAUUGAUGUGUAUUCGAAUAAUAGGAGCUAGCAAUCGUCGAUAUGCUUAUAUUGGUGACAUUAUUGUUGCUGUUAUCAAAGAAGCUGUACCUAAUAUGCCUCUACAAAGAUCUGAAGUCGUUAGAGCCGUAAUCGUGCGUACCUGUAAAGAACUAAAACGCGGCAACGGGAUAAUAAUACGAUAUGAUGAUAAUGCCGCAGUUGUUAUUGAUAAAGAAGGAAAUCCAAAAGGGACCAGAAUUUUUGGUCCAAUCCCCCGGGAGUUGAGACAAUUAAAUUUUACUAAAAUAGUUUCAUUAGCUCCUGAGGUAUUAUAAAAAAAAUUCAAAAAAAAAAAUGGAGUAGAAUCUGUCUCACGUAUAUAAUUUUAAGAUUAAAAUUAAAGUAAGAUAAACACAAUAAUCCAUAGACAAUAAAAAAAACACGUUGAGAAUAUAAAAUUUUUGAGUCCCAUAAUUAGAGUUUAUCAUGGGUAGGGACACUAUUGCUGAGAUAAUAACUUCUAUACGGAAUGCUGAUAUGGAUCGAAAAAGAAUGGUUCGAAUCCCAUCCAGUAAUAUUAACGAAAAGAUUGUAAAACUCCUUUUAAAAGAAGGUUUUAUUGAAAGUGUGAGAAAACAUCGAGAAAACAACAAGAAUUUUUUAGUUUUAACUCUGCAACAUAUCAAGACUAAAAAAAGGACCUUUAGCAAUAUUCUAAAUUUAAAACGGAUAAGUCGACCCGGUCUACGAAUGUAUUCUACGUCUAAAAAAAAUACCUAAAAUUUUAGGCGGGAUGGGGGUUGUAAUUCUUUCUACUUCACGUGGUAUAAUGACAGACCGAGAAGCCCGACUGCAAAGAAUCGGGGGGGAAAUUUUGUGUUAUAUAUGGUAAUAUUUUAAAGAUCACAAUAAAGAACAAAAAUCACUUUCUUUUUUUUUUUUUAAGUUCUGUUUGUGAAAAUAGGCUAAAUCCUUUUUUAGUUUACUUCAGAACAAGUCGAUGAAUCUUUUGCAACACAACAAUGAUUCAAAGGAGUCGUUUCUCAACUUAGCUAUUCAUUUAGCAAGAAUAACAAAAUUAUAAAUUUAAAAUAGAAAAAAAUGAAUGUAUUUAUUAGAAUCUUCCAAU